AUGACUGUAAGUUCCCCUGCAAGGAAUGGGAUCAUUCGCGACAACUCUUACAUAUCGAAGAAAUACAGCUUCUCAAUCUAGGUGGAAUGAACAGAAUAAAGUUCUUCUAUAAAACCGAUAUGACGUUUAUACUUUACAUUAAUAAUAGGUUGUUUUAUGCGCCUAUCAACCUUUAUCCUGGAGUUGGAAUGAACAAGUUUCAAGUGACUGGUCAAAUGCGGCUGAACAGUUUGUGUAUGGAUGUAAAGAUAUUUUUAAACGUUUUUAAGAUUGGGUAGAUAAUGGAAACAUUUUUUUGGGUUUAGCUGUAUUCUAGCCUAACCUUGUUGUAUUGAGCUUGACAUUGCUUUAUUUUUACCUAGCUUUACUAUUGUCUUACGAUGACUCUGCCGUAGCCCCGGUAUUAUUAGUUUGUUCAAAUAAUUCAGUGCUUUUUUAAAGCACACUUUUGCGGUUAGGGAGCACGUACUUAUUUAAACAACAUUAUAAAAAGAAAUUAUAUUUAUAAUAACAGGUUAUUAUCACAAACUUGGGGGUAACGUACACCUACUGUAACAAAAAGCACUACUAAAUACCAACUUUUUAUUGGUGCUGCUAUGCGCUUUACCUUUUAGUGUCAUAUAAAGAUAACAUUGAUUUAGACAUAUCAAUCCAGCGAUUCAGACCGAGAAGUAGGCGGAUACUAUCUGUCUGAUAAAUUGUCACCUGGUAAGUUAAACUGAUCACAAUAAAGUAUAUACUAUUAUUCAGGCAGGAAACUGACAAUAGAAGCAAUACCUGAAAAGUAUCGCUUUUCUAUGGCAUUGAUGAACGAUGAAGACAAUUUUGUUUUUGACUUUACUGUGGUAAUUUAUUUUACUCUUUUUUAUAAUAAGGGCUACCAUAUAUUACUUUUCAUUAAGCAGCAACUAUUUGCUCUAUAUGAAACUUUAUAAAGUCAAAACUUUAACUGUAACUACCGUAGGUUCGUGACGAUAUGCUGGUCAACUAUUGUCUAGCACCAUGUCAUGGAGCUGAUCCUUCAACCCAGAUUCACAUGUAUCGUGAUGUCUACAACAAGUUUCAACUUAUGGGAUUGGUCAAGUUUGAAUUUAACUACGUUUCGCACAAGAGAUUACGACUUACCAUAAAUGACUAUUGGGAGUUCUACUUGAGCGUUAGAGUCGUUCCUGGAGGUGCGAUGACAACAUUUACGAAAACUGGCAGUUUAAAGUUACAAUACGUUUGUAUGAGUAUGGGAUAGUGCUUUAAAAUUGGCAACAAAAAUAUUUUAGCCAAGAAUUUAAAUAUUCUUAAAUUUUAAAAUUAUUUACAAUACGUUUUUAUAAUUUUUGUACUUUUGUAGUUAGCGUCUAGAAAUGCCUUGAAUAAACAAUUUUUGAGCUUUAAAAAAAUUUAAUUACGACCGCUCUGAUUGACUUCAAAAUUUUUAUAUAGAAAGGUCAUGUAAAUAUAAGAUCUUCAGCAAAGUACUAAAUCGCGAUUCCAGGAAAUCUCGAGAAAAUCGAGAUCAAAAAAAUUAUGUUUUGAAUUUCCUGCUAAACUGGCAUUGUGUUUCAAGUUUAUAACUUUGUCGUUUUUUGACUUUUAGUCAUAUUUCUUUUAUAUAUUAGUAGAAAAGUUUUAAAUGAACCUACAUUUUUUAAAGUUUUAAGCAUAACUUGCCUAGAAAAUUAAAAAAAGUGUUUGAAACACAAUGCCAAAUUAGCAAAUUAAAUUAAAUCUCAAAUAUCAAAGAUUUAAAACUUAAAAGCGCAAGCUAAAGUUUUUAUGAGUACUAUUGGUAGUACAUAAAUUUCAUAUAAAGGUUUUGAGCAAAUUAUGGGGCAGUUUGGGUACAUUCCUUGUUAACAUUAAAUUUACAGAAAAAUUUGUAACUUUAUGCAUUAAUAUGACUAUCAAAUAACUUUAACAAGCAUGAAAAGCAAUGUUAUGCAUUAGAUCAAACAUUACUCAACGAAAAGAUCGAAAACUAUGUCAAGAUGUUCGAAAACGUGUAAAGCGAAAGUACAGUAAGUAAAUGUUUGCAACCAAAACAAACAUUCGACAUCGCGCUCUGUAACACAUUCUGAAUAUUAUGUUUGUUAGACCUACUGUUUUCGUUUUUAUUUUUAAUUGUAAGUUUUUGGCAUUUUUUAUAAAUUUUCAUUUUUAUAGCUCAAGCAUUAUCCUAUUUGAUCGUUCAAUUUGUUCCGUGCCCUCUUUUAAAGCAAAUUUUUGAGGUUAGUAGGCCCAGAAUUUCUUGAACAGUCUAAUUUAUAAGUUUAUUGAAAUUCAUAUCACAAAGCUCAAUUUGUACUAGAUGUUAAAAUAUGACAGUACCCAUUUCAGUAGUAUCUUCACAAGAAUCACCUCUACACACAGUUUUACCCUCACGAGCAGCCAUCGAAGACAUGGGCUUCAGACUGAUGGACACUUUUCUAAAGCUUGGCCGCAAUGAACUGGCCAAAACUGUGCAUAAAAAGCACUUGGAAAGAAUGGCACAAGGUCUACAAGACAGAGAGAAACUUCUAAAGAAUGAUUCUGUAGACUUGAUGGCCAAAUCUGGCCAGAAGAUUGUCGAUAUUUUAAGAGAAAAUGGCAUUUCUGUGGUCGAUUUCUUUCGAAAAAUGCAAAAAACGGGCCAAAAUGAGGUAAUUUAUGUUACAAUUGCAGCUUUUUUAUAGUUUUAAAUGAAUUUUUAAAAGAAUUGUAAGAAAAGUUAUUGAAUGUAUAAUAAUAAUAAAAGCUCAUUUUCUGUUUAGGACACCCAAUCGCUAGCCGAUCGUCUGCGUUUAGAAGUCCUGCCAAACGUGGUGUCUAGUGUAAUUCAUAGUAAACAGUUAGACGAGGAAGUUAUCCAAGAGCCCGAGUUACAUCAUGUUGAAGGAGUAAGUCAUUUUGCUGUUAUAGGCAAAACUUUUCAUAAAAAUAUGUCUAAAAUUUGGCCUAAUUUUUAUAGUAUUAAUUUCUUCAAAAUUUAGCUCCAACAGCACCACUUUCUCGACCAAGAACAACAAGUUCUCAACCGAAUUCGAAUGCCAGAAUUCCAAACGGUUCCUGAACUUCGCUUCUUAACUCCACAACAGCCUACAACAACACCACCACCUAUACUGUCAAUUCGAAACUCUUUUCCCAAUCUUGUGGAUUUCCAAAACUUUUUCAAUCAGUUUUCAUCUACAACAACAUCCACGAACUCAGUUUUAUAUCGAGACAAUGAUAAUGACGAGUAUGUACAAGAAAACAAAGUGGACCGGUUGAAACAUGGAGAAGCUCCAUUAAGGUUUGAACCCCCAAACUUAAAUACUGUACUAGCUACACCACCUUCUAGUAAUACCAACUUGUUCACGUUGCCCAAUAUACCUGUGCCAACAUAUACUCAACAACCUUUUGUUGUACCUUCUGAUGUUAACAGAGUACCAGCUGGAGCAAGUUUAUCAAAUCCAGUUAACAUACCAAGUAUAAACUUACCAUUGCCCAAUUCUGUACCAAAUGUGCCAGCCUUUACUCCUCUGCCAACUUUACCGCCACUAAUAAUCCCAACUGCUCCACCUGUACCAAACACCCUCAUACCACCACUCAGUACCAAUCUACUACAGCCAACACCCCCGACCUUUGUGCUAUCUACUACACCAGCACCGUACAACUUUGGCUUCGAACCAAAUCAACCAUUCUUGGUACCAGAAAGAACCACAAAGUCCAUUCCACCGACAAACCGCUUUAUUCCAUCGACGGAAAGGCCCCCAAAGAAUGUAGCAAACCGUCGGAACACCUACUACGAUAAAAUCAGACGUCACAAACACCGUCACAACACUGCUGACGACGAUCUUCUGUUUCCGGCUACACCAAAACAAACAAGGUUCAGGUUUUCAUCGACGGAAAGACCAUCAAAAAACGUCGCCAUGAAGAACAAAGUUGUUAAAGGAGUUGUCGAAGACUUCUCUACACAAGAUCUGCUGUUGAGCAACUUGGAAAAGUUGCUGCAACAAAAGAAUAAGGAGAUUCUGAAAGAGAAAGCGACAAAAGAAGAAGAUUCAAGUGUAGAAGAUACUCAAAUCAAUGUAAAAACAAGCACAGAAUACCAAGACUUUGACAGCAACGCAGUAGGAAAUAACGUCAGAACUACACAAAGCUUACCAUCUGAUGAAAAUGGUACUAAUCAAAGCGCACCAACCGACGACGAUGUAACUGCAGCUGAAAUAGAGAAGAUCGUCAAGUUACUGGAAGAGCUGCCACAGUUAAACAAACAUCGACACACUAAAGAUGAGACCAAAGAGUUCUUGAAUCCAUUGAACGAUGAGUUAGUACCCAUGAAGAGUACUACGAAAAGUAGCCGUAAAACUGUCAAACCUAUCCCAAGAAUCGGAAACAACUCGGUUUUAGAACCAGUAGAUCCCGAAGAUCACACUACAAUGAAUAAAUCAAAAAUAUAUAAAAAUCAGAAAACCUCAGAAGACAAAAAAUACAAAGAAACAGUAAUAGACGUGUUGACCAAUGAAAAUAAACCAUUAAAAUCAAUGGAAGAUCAACAAGGUCAGAAAAAUAAGCAUCAAAAGUCUUCAGAAGAAACCCAAACUUCCAAAAAGCUAGUAGAUGUGAAGCCAAUUCCAGAAGCUAAAGCCAAGUACCACAGACUGAGGAUCAAAGCACAUAAAGAAAAGGCCAACAAAGACCGAAGCCCUAGUUGGGAAGUGAACAACGACCCCGACUACGCUGAAUACGAAGUCAAGAAUCCAAAUUUGUCAAGCUUCGGAAAGCCACGAAGCUCGAAUGUCGCCAAACGCAGAUUUUUAUAAUAAAUCAUUAUAUUUGAAAGUUGUUGAAUGUUUAUAGUUAAGACUAUUUUUGUUUUUUGAAAUAAAAAGGCACUGUCCAAGAGGCCUCGUGGUACAGUUGCUUCUUCUAUCUUUCCAACUUUGUCAUGGACAACAUUCGUUUCCACAACUUUCUCAUUUGUUUUUGGCUACUGAAUUUUAUCAUGAAUAUCGUUUGGCCAAAACUUUUCUACAAGUUCAAACACUGGGCUCACAUCGUGUGCAGUCUGCGAACAAGAUUAGGAAGACCUGACAUAUCGAGUCAACACUAUCCCUUGAAAUAUUUAUUUUUUCAAAAAGAAAUCACAAAAUUUUUUAAUUUUCUAAUAUUAUACAUAGUUUUAUAAAAACGUAUAAAAAUAAAACUAUUAGCAUGUUAAAUAAUUCUCGAUGUUGUUUUAGAUGUCAGACAAAGAAGACAGCAGUGGCGACGAAGCUUGUACCUUUUUCGACUAUCUUGAGCUGAAGGAAGAGAUCAACGACGAAACAGUCUUGCCGUUUUUGCCAAACAUUCCCGCAAAUCUGUACGACGAUGAAGAGGAAGAAGAAAUACAAGUUCAAGACGAAGAAGAUGUAGAUCCAGAUGACGAUUUGGUAUUUGCCGACUUUAGUGAAGCAGAAACAGCUGGUAAACCACACGAAGACGUGUGUAUGGAUGAGGUGAAACUGAACCAAGACAUAAACGAAGCAGGAAGAACACAUAUGCAUCAGAUUCUUCAUGGCAAGAACGUGGAACACUUUGUUUGUAGACAUGGUUUUGGUAACUAUUAUUGCCAACCCAAGACAGAGGAGGCCAUGAUCGGAGGAAUGCAGUUGGACCUAUCGAAAACAAUUGCUUUUCUUUGUGCCAAAAGGGGAGAACCCGUCUUUUUUAACGGUCCAACAUCUUGUGGAAAGACUUUCUUGGCAACGUAGGUUUAUAUAUUGUUUUCCUUGGGCUUUAGGUAUGUAAUGAAGUUGAUUUAGUCAGGAAUUUAAGGAAUGUUAUUCUUAAGGAUGAUCUAAUUACUCUAAAAAGAUUUAAAAUCUUUAAAAUUUUAGUAUUGUGACCAGAAUUUACGUCGCUACAAAGAAACAUGUCCUAUACAUUGCUCCAACCAAUGACAGAGCUAUGUUGGCCAUGCAGAACUUUCAUUCAGUUCACAAAUUUAGUAAUGGAGGACUGGAGACAGCAUUUAUCGAACGAAAGAUGCCGAAUUCAUUAGUAACAUUCACUUCCUUGGAUAAGAGUCUGGCUGAUCUCCGACUAGAUGAAGAUUGUUACAAUAACGUCGGUAUGGUUAUUGUCGAAGAUUUUGACCUUAUUAUGGACAAAAGUUACGGAAAAUAUUGUUAUGAGUUGAUGGAGAAACUAAGGAACAACGCUGUUGGAAAGACUUCUGGUUUUUUGUUUACUUCUAACAUCUACACGAACAUCAAGGAUUAUGCUGGUGGGUUUUGACGUUGUUUUAGUUUGUGUGCUUAUUUUGGUAUACUUUAGAAUGUUGGCUAUGAUUUAGAUUGUUUGUAAUUCAUAUUAAAACUGCAAGAAGUUUCUUUAAUAAUUGUUCUAGGAUUCUUUGCCAAGUCAACUAACCGAGAUGUCCACGUUAUCACUUCGAGGACUCGUCCUUUCUUCACCAAUGACAUUAUUCUCUUCAACCAUGACUUCCAUAACCUUGUGAAUCCAAAGACUGUGUUGGGAAGAGCAAAACUCUUCGAGGAGAAGUAUCUACAGUUAAUGAGGGAUUCAUCUGAUAGACGGAAUAACACAAUAACCAGGAACAACCUCGACUUAUUUUUGCAAAAACUUAUGGAAGACAGAAUCUACCCGGCCAUUAUUGUCGCUGAUGAUGAUCAACAAGCAGAAGAGUAUUUUACGUCGUUGGCUAGUAAAUUCAACUUGAUAUCAUGUAGGUUUUUGAUCGCUACUGAUUGGCUUUAUUGCCUUUUUGUUUAAAGAUUAUUUUAGUUUUUACAAAAAAAAAUAUUUUUUAGUUUAAAAAUACUUUUUGCGAAAUUUUUUAAAUUUAACUUACCAUCAAAACGGAAUUUGAUUGGUUUUUCUUCACCUUAUAACGGUUCCUCGGUAGUAUAGUGGUAAGUAUCCGCGCCUGUCACGUGCGAGACCCGGGUUCGAUUCCCGGCCGGGGAGGAAUAACUUUUUCGCUUUGAAUUUUUUUUCCUUUUUAAAUUAAAAAUAAAUUAAACUUAUAAAAAUGUUAUUAAUAACAAUAUAAUAAAAUUUUACGUCUUAAAAAUAUAGUUUUGUUACAGUAACCAAGAAAGAACGGCUGAAAACCGCGUUUAAAGCUUUUAUCGAGCAUCAAUCACACAGAAAAGAUGAAUUGGCUAUUGUUCAGAACAUUUUUCCUUUGAUUGCACGUGGGAUUGGAUUGGUACAUUCGUCGUUGCCUGCUGGAUUGGUAGAGAUUACUAGAACAUGUUUCAAAAGAGGGUAUUUACUGUGUUUGGUGAUGACAAAACAAACGGUAAAAAGAGGACUUGAUAAGGCCAAAACCGUUGUGAUACCUUCGAUUGAAGUCAGACAAGGUGGAGAACAACGGUAAGUUUUAUGAUAUUUUUAUUUUAAGUCUUGGUAUAUGAACAGGCUUGGACACAGGGCAGGGCAUAGCUUGGAACAGGGCAGGGCAUGCCCUAUGCCCUGCAUUACCCUGCAAAUGCCCUGUUUGUGCCAUGGUAAGUAUUGGCGGACGCCUCCGCCGAGUGGUCGAUAAUCGGCGGACGCCAUAACUUGGUUAGUUUAGCAGCUAGAAACAUGUAGUUCAAUUCAGAAGUUAUUAUAUGUCAUACGCUACAAGUAAAAGCAUAAUUUUAAGAUUUUAAAAGUAGUAUUGUUAUCGACCGGUUGAUAAUUUUUAAUAUAUUUUAAUUGCAAAUUUUAUAUAUAUUCUUAUCGCUCUGUUGUUCUAAAUUGUAUAGAAAUUGCAUUAUAUACAAUUCUAAGCAAAAAUCCUUGUUUUUUGUAAAAAUUAAACAUUUGUAAAUUAUCGACCGGUCGAUAACAAUAUUGUUUUUAAAAACAUAAAUUUCUGGCUUAAUGUGUAGGUUAUGACAGAUAACAACUUCUGCACUUAACUACAUUUUUCUAGCUGCUAAACUAACCAAGUUAUGAAGUCCGCCGAUUAUCGACCACUCGGCGGAGGCGUCCGCCAAAAUAUACCUAAAUGCCCUGUAAAUACCCUGUAAAUGCCCUGCAGGGCAAGGGCAGGGCAUAAAACCCCAAUGCCCUGUACAGGGCUGGGCAUUGCAGGGCACAGGGCAGGGCAUGGAAAUUUGCCAAUGCCCUGCCCUGUGUCCAAGCCUGUAUAUGAAUCAUUUGUAAGUCAAAAUUUUUAUGAUGUUAAGUUUAAAAUAUUAUAUAUAAGCAUAUAUAUAUAUGUAAUAUAUAAGUUAUAAUAGUGUUAAAACAAUUGGUUUCAUUUUAGGUUGAUUACAGCAGAAGAAGUGGAGGAAAUGACGGCAGUUCGAGGGUUCGGUAAUGUGACGGCUAAUCGUAUCUUCUCAUUGGACACUUUGAUCAAGCCAGAACAGUUUGAAGCCCUUUUGAAUCCAGAGAUGAAAGAGUUACGAGUUCUGGAAAACAAAAGCUUUGCCAACAUCUUAGACAACUUUGAGAAGUCAGGUAUGGUCUUAUCUGUCUUGCUAAAGAAUAGUAAUUUAUAAGUUUUUGGAAUUUUUGCACGGUGUAAUGCAUGGUGUAGAGUGCCGUGCGAUAAGAUUAGUGAACUGCACUAUGCUACUAACCUUCUCUAUGAAUUUUAGGAUCACAAACCCUAGAAAACUAUAAGAAAUGGGUAUUUGAACAAAGCUUUACCAAGUACGACUCGAUUCGAGUACGAAUAACAGCUCAGAACGAGAUCAGGCUGGUGGAAGAUGAGGAAAGGAAGAUCGACGAUAUUAACUUUGAAAGUGAAGCAGCCAAGUAUGUUAAUAUGACAAAUGAGUAUGAAGAACUACAGGACAAGGCACGAAGGCUGGUUGUGGAUUCGGCGGAACAGUAUCUGUCGCUAGGGAGGGUUGUUUACGUAGGUUUUUGUAUUAUGUGAACAACCUGGUGUUAUGUUAGGUGGUUUUGGUUUUUGAAGGCUUUAAAAUAAGUUUUUAUUCAUUUUUCUAUAUUAUGUUAUCUUAUGUGGUAUUUGAAGUCAUUUUUUGAUUUUUUUUUAAAUUUAAAAAUGACGAUAUUUUAGGUAAGAACCGACCGUGUCGACCUAGGCUGGGCGGUGAUAGUAGGCACUCUCUACAACAAAAAUCAACAACUCGAGGUUUAUGCUGGACUAGGUGUAAGCCAGGCCAGCUCACAAAAUCAUUGGCCGUUUGAGAAAUUGGAGGCCAAACACUUAGGAAUGGGCGAUUUUGUGAUAAGAAAGAUUCCGAUCAGCAGCAUCUAUGACAUUUCGACGUAUCGCUUAAAGCUGCCAACUUAUCUAGAGGAUAUGAAGGAUCUGAAGAAGCUGGGAGCUAUGCUGGAUGUAGGUUUUUUUUGGGUGAGAUAGAAUUACUGUAACUUGAAAGGCAUAAAUUUUUUUUGGUGUCUUAGAAUUUAUUUCGAUUUUUUAAAAUUUUUAAAGUUAUUUUAACAGAUUUUCAAAAUUUAUUUGUCAAUUUUCUUUAAAAUUUGUCAUUUUAGAAGCUGAUUCAAUGGGACAAUGGAAAAGUUCCAAAACUCCGCCUAAAAACUUCUGAAGCCCGAGAAAUCGAAGAGAAAUGUGACAAUCUUCAUGACAAACUCACCGAAAGCGAGGGGAGAAUUGCGGUCAAAGAAGACAUUGACAGAUAUCGUCAGAAGCUAAGCCUAAAGAAGACAAAGAUGGAGCUGCAAAAGAUACUAAAAGGUGCCACGGAUAAUAUUGCUGAUCUUACAGCACUCGAAAAGCGAGUUGACAUCUUGAGAAGGCUUGGCUAUUUAGAGGAAAAUGACGAGAAAGAGCUAGAGAUCACGCAGAAAGGAGAGACGGCAAAGGGAAUCCUCGUUGGAGACGAGAUAUUGUUGUACGAAUUGGGAUUGGCAGCUGAAGAGUAUCAGAAGGUGUUUGGGAAGGCGUUGAUGCAGGUCUUUGGAGGUAUAGACAGUGCUAACGAUCAAGGAAUGGAAGAUGAUGGGGAAGACGAAGUGGUACAAUGUGUCAAGUUCAUCAAUGUAAGGAUCGAAAUCUUUUCGUUUAAUGAAAUAAAACUAAAAUACGUUUAAAAAUAGAUACUUAUCUUCCUUUUCAGGCCAAAAUCAACGAACUAAAGUCAGUGUUUGGUGACGAAGACCCAGUAAGACUAACACAAGAUGUCUUGAUGUGGGAUAUUAACUACGGUAACAAGGUCUUCGAUAUAUCCAAACUGAACACAACCGGCCUCAAGAGUGUCAUUUCACAUAGGAUCAACACCUUUUUGUCACAACUCGAGUUGGACGAAGAGUACGAGCUGCUGGAGUACGAUGCUGAAUAUCCCGUGUUCUUGAUGUAG